AUGAAAAAUCUAUCCAAUUUAUUACUUCCAUUUGAUUCUUUUUGUCAAAUAUUUGCUCUAACUCCAUUUAUUAUUAAUUUUAUUUGUUUCUUAUUUGGUAUUACAACAAUUAAUUAUAAAAUAUGUUUUUGGAUAUCUUUAAUAUCAACUAUUGGGUCUUAUUCUUCUUUUUUGGCUAUUUUCUUUCUUUCAUUUGAAAGAAUGUUGAUUGUUUUAUUUCCUUUAAGGUUUUUGAAAUUAUUUAAUAUGGCUUAUGAAUAG